UAGUCAUUCUCUGUAUUGGAAUUCCAUUACUCAAUACAAAGGUUCCUAUAGACCAAAAUUUCAGAGAGGAAAGAUGGAAAUUUUAAAGGUUUAUUUGGUCGUUACUAUGUCUUUUUUAUUUUUGUCUCUUGUCGUGGCUGAUUUGAAAUUUGGAAUGCUGCCAAAAGGGCCUGUUCCGCCUUCAGGACCUAGUAGAGGCUCUUCUAAUUCUCCACCUCCACCACAUCAUUCCGCAAAUUUGAAUUUUGGAAUGCUGCCAAAAGGGCCAGUUCCGCCAUCGGGACCUAGCGGAGGAAUUUCUGCCUCUCCACCUCCACUACAUCAUCCAAAAAAUUUAUAUUUUGGAAUGCUGCCAAAAGGGCCAGUUCCGCCAUCAAGACCUAGCGGAGGAAUUUCUGCCUCUCCACCUCCACUACAUCAUCCAACAAACUUGAAUUUUGGAAUGCUGCCAAAAGGGUCAGUUCCGCCAUCAGGACCUAGCGGAGGAAUUUCUGCCUCUCCACCUCCACUACAUCAUCCAACAAAUUUAUAUUUUGGAAUGCUGCCAAAAGGCCCUGUUCCACCAUCAGCACCGAGCAAAGGCUCUUCUGAUUCUCCUGCUCCACCAAGUCGUGUUUAACAAUUUUAAAUUUUAGAAUAUAUUACCAAAU